AGACAACGCUAUAAAGUUUUGCUUUGACAGAUUGAACUGAAAGUGAGUUUUGGGAUCUAAGUUUUGGGCAAAAUAUUUAACUUCUACAUCAAAAGACAACGAAAAGGGACAAUAUAUAGAUUCAAAUUUGUCUAUAGGUGCUGCAUUUUUCUCUGGAAGGAUCCUAGAGUGAUUUUUAGGCAUGUUUUCGCUCACAUUGUGUGUGGUUUUGCUGUGGUGUUGUGUCUUGACUACAUAUGGCGAAGACCAGCGUCCUCUAUCGGAAUACAUCAAAUAUUACGAGACGUUGAGCUAUAGCACAAGUGCUCUAAGCAAGCAGCACGACCGUCAUCGACGCUCACUUAACCCAAAAUCCAACCCUAUUUUAUUGAACUUUGAAGCCCAUGGAAGGAAAUUUAAGAUCCGUCUUCGAAGACACACUAGUAUAUUUUCUGAUGACUUUGUUGCGGAAAAUGCAGAAUUUGACCCUUCAAAAAUUGUAGAGGGCGAAGUUUUAGGACAUAAAAGGUCAAUCGUACAUGGAUUCAUAUCAGACGGCAUCUUCGAAGGAAAAAUCCAUGCUGGCAAUGAUGAAUUCCACGUUGAACCCUCCAACAAAUACUUCCAGGGAAAGCAACCAUUCCAUUCUGUGAUUUAUAAGAGUGAAGAUGUGCAUUACCCCUAUGCGCAUGGUAGUGGAUGUGGAAUGAGAGAGCAAACAAAGAAGUGGAUGGAGAAGGUUCAUGCUUCUGAAAUCAAAGAUCCAAGGUUACAGUUUCACUACAGUGAUAACGAGCCUGUGUUUCAUCGCUACAGGCGUGCCGCAAGUCAAGAAAUUGACUCAUUGAAGAAGUCUUGCAAGCUUUUUAUGCAGGCUGAUCAUCUUUUUACUGAAAAUGUAGGACAAGGGAACAAGGAGCGAGCUUUACUAAAAAUGACUGAACAUGUACAAGCUAUUAACACAAUAUACCCUGGGAUAGCUUUCUUUGGAUCGACUCCAGACAAAAUUGAGUUCGUUAUUGCACGGAUGCUAGUUAACGAUUCAAAUCAUGAGAACGACCCUAGCAAUCCAUUCCGACAGAGCAACAUUGGUGUAGAAAAGUUACUUGAACUUAACUCUCAGCAAAAGAGAAAUGAACGUUAUUGUUUGGGAUACAUCUUUACCUAUCGGGACUUCAAUGACGGUGUUCUUGGAUUGGCUUGGGUUGGAUCACCUGAAGAUGCUGGAGGUAUCUGUGAAAAAGAGAGGAGUUACAGUGAUGGCAAAAAGAUCUUAAACACAGGAGUAGUAACAUUUAUCAAUUAUGGAAAAGCAGUGCCGCAGAGAGUAUCCGAGAUCACUUUUGCACAUGAAGUUGGACAUAAUUUUGGGUCACCUCAUGAUGAAUCAGGUGCAUGUACACCUGGUGGCUCUGAAGGGAACUAUAUCAUGUUUGCAAGGGCAACCGAAGGCAGUAAGCCAAACAACAGAAAGUUUUCUUCCUGUAGUAUCGAGAAAAUGGCAGCUGUCAUGCGUGUCAAAGCAGUGUGUAAAGAUCAUAAAUGCUGUUUUGAGAAGGCUGGGGCUGCAAUCUGUGGUAAUGCUGUUGUAGAGAAAGAUGAAGAGUGUGACUGUGGUUUUAAGGAGGAUGAAUCUUGUCAGAAAGAUAAGUGCUGUGAAGGAGCACAAGAUACCAAAGGCUGUAAAUUAGUUGAUGGGAAAAAGUGCAGCCCCAGCCAAGGUUUAUGUUGUAACGAGAAAACUUGUGAACCACAUCCUGGCAACUUUUCUUUUCUGUGCCAGAAUGAGACGGAAUGUAGAAAUGUGUCAUACUGCAAUGGAGUAAAUGCAAGCUGUCCUUUAGCACCUGCCAAGCCUAACCUAACCCCGUGUAUGGAAGGCCGUAAACUUUGUGAAAAUGGGUCUUGUAGUGCAUCAGUAUGCAAGGCAAAAGGAUAUUUGGAGUGUCAGUGUUCCCAGGAGGAAAAGAUGUGUGAUCUUUGCUGUGAUAUUAGCAAAGAUCCAACCAAACCUGAUUGCAAACCAACAUCUGACAUAGAUGGAUUUGAGGCAAUGAAGCAACUUCCCUCGGCAGCUUGCGACAACUUCAAUGGUUACUGUGAUGUGUUUCUCAAGUGCCGUAAGGUUGAUGCAGAUGGCCCUUUGAACAGAUUGCGAAAGAAAUUCCUCAGCAAAGAAGCCUUCUUGGGUUAUUUAGCUUGGAUCAAGAAAUAUUGGUGGGCUGUUGUGUUGAUGGGAGUUGGUUUGAUCCUCCUUAUGGCUGCUUUCAUCAAGCUAUGCAGCGUCCAUACCCCAAGUAGUAACCCCAACAAGAAACCAGCUCGACAACUCACGCUUCGCCGUCAACAACGCCUCGAAGAAGAACGCAAUCGAAGAGCCAGACAAGCACGUGGUGGCCCGGAGGGGUAUCCUGGACCAUCCUACGGUAACCAACCACCACCACCCUACCCCGGUAGGGAUAUAGAGAUGCGCGGGCAUCGUUAAUCUUAAAAUAGACCAAAUCCACUUGGACAUAAUGUUUUACCAUUUCAGACCACGUGUCAUAAUUAUUCGACCCUAGAGUAUGAUUUUUAUGUUUAACAGUUAUUUAUGAAAAGGCCUACGAGCGAGUAUGGAUACAACUUAAACAAAGAAUCUUAUUCUCAAGGGAAUGACACGUGGUCUGAAAUUGUCCAGGUGGAUUUGGUCCAUUACGUCUGAUAUCUCUGUUUACACUAACUGUUGAACAUAUUGUUUGUUAAAAAAUAUUCGGUUACUACUUAGUGGUAAUGAUUUUGUGUUUUUUGAGGGGGUGGGGGGUGGGGAUUCCUGAUAGAAAGAAAGGUUUAGUCAAGAGAGGUUUGACACCAUCACGUGGCAAUUCCCAUAAUACAGCUGGGGCUGCCUGUGGUUAGAUGCCAGAGCAAUAGAAUCCCUUUGCUCUCGGGAAUUGAAUUCAUUCUUUCUCAUGUAAAGCGAUUGUAUUGUUCCUGCCAUCUAACAUGGCUGCCAUCACGUGAUGACGCCAAACCUCUAUUGGAUCCAGGUGGGCUAAGUUAAUAUAAAUUGUAGCUCACUAGUAGGGAAAAGUGCCUUCAUUGAAAGCCAAAAAUUUGCAUUUAUCUUUAAUUUAAGACUUGUUUGCAUCUGAAUGUUUGACCGACUAGUUGUAUUUGACUAAAACAAUUCGCCCUCGUGGCCUGUGA